AUGGUGGCAGAGGGAGGUGGUGAAGGAGAGCGCGGCGGGUCCCAGUGGGAAGCCUCGGGGCCCGGCCGGGAGCGGCUGCCCUCUCUGAAAGUCCCCAGGGAGCUGCUGCGGAGCUUCCCCCACUCCAAACGCGUGGGAUCCUAUCUGGUGGGGAAAAUGAUCAACAAGGGAUCGUUUGCCAAAGUGAUGGAGGGGCUGCACAUCGGCACGGGGGAAAAGGUGGCCAUAAAAGUGAUUGACAAGAAGAAAGCCCGGCAGGACUCAUACGUGCUGAAGAACAUGAAGAGAGAACCUCGAAUUCAUCAGAUGAUCCGACAUCCUCACAUCGUCGUCCUGCUGGAGACUCUGGAGACGGAGAACAGCUACUACAUGGCCAUGGAGCUGUGUGCCGGAGGAGACCUGAUGGACAGGAUCUGUGAGAGGAAGAGGCUGGAGGAGAGGGAGGUGCGGCGCUACACUCGUCAGAUCCUCUCUGCAGUGGAACACCUGCACAAACACGGCAUCGUACACAGAGAUUUAAAGAUUGAAAACUUCCUGCUGGACGAACACAACAACAUAAAGAUUGUAGACUUUGGCCUGAGUAACACUCUGAAGGCUGAAUCUUUGUCUCUGGAGCUCCUCAACACCCAGUGUGGAAGUCCUGCCUACGCCGCCCCUGAGCUGCUCGCGCACAGAAAGUAUGGACCCAAAGUGGACGUCUGGUCCGUAGGUGUGAGUAUGUUUGCCAUGCUGACAGGGACUCUUCCCUUCACUGUUGAGCCUUUCAACAUCAAGCAGUUGCACCAGAAGAUGGUCAACGGAGAGAUCAGCAGCAUCCCCAGCGACAUCAGCAAAGGCGCGGUGGCGUUUGUGUUGUCUCUCCUGGAGCCAGACCCGGCGAAGAGGCCCAGUGUCAGAGCUGCAAUGGAGGAGAGAUGGAUCAACGAGGGAUAUGCCAAGAAACCGCUGCACACACUCUCUUACAAAAACAGGUUGUGUCCGGAGGAUCUUAACUCGUCUGUGCUGACAUACAUGACGGAGACGCUGGGAUACUCGCUCUCUGAAAUCAUACACACGCUCACCAUCAACCGACCCUCUGCCAUCAUGGCCUCCUAUCACCUGCUGCUCAACAAGCUCAGCAGGAGCCAGAAGGGAGCCAAAGGCAGCAAGAAACUGGAGAGCAACGAGUGGAGUCUUCCCAGCAAGAACACGUGGAGAGAGAGGAACAACACCGACUCAAAAACUCAGCAACAGAGUGAACAGACCAAUGAGAAAAGCUCGAAACAGUCCAGCAGACCACUGAGAGCCCAACAGACAGCUGAGUGUCAGAGCAACAGGAAGAAGCCUGAGGACAUUCACAGGAGGGACCACAGAGAGGACACAGAGAACCGUCCACCUUCACCGUCUCUACCUCAGCUCCCUCACUCUGCCUCCCCCUCAAUACCCCCUCGCCCUCCCUCCCCCUCCCCGGCCCGUCUGUCUACAGAGGACGGGGCCACUGAUGAGGAGAUCGCCAUCACCUUGGACACCAGAGAGACACUGUUUCCUGAAGUGUCUGUGUUCGGAGACAGGGAACUCGUCCAUCUUUCUCCUCCUAAAAGCUCCGCAUCUCAGCUCUGUGACUCCGCUCCUUGCCAAGUCCCCUUACCCCCCGAGCCAAUCAGAGACAGCAGCACGUCGAGGCCGAUCCGACACGCACACCUGCUCAGGACGACUCAGUCAGACGGGGCGGCGGACCCCGGGUCAGACUGCUUCCAUGACAACCGCCACCCGGACGACCACUCGCAUCACCUGAGCAUCAACGAGCGCCUGGAGAAGCUGCAGACAUUUUAUUCGUCAGAUAAGACCGGCAUCUCUCCCAGGAUGCUCCUGGAGGCCGACACACACUCCUCGGACCGAGACCACCUGGGUACCAUAGAGACGACACAGACGUCCCCCUCUGCCCCGCUGCCCCGCCUGCGCAACGUCGGGUUAAAAGAUGGGCGAAGCAGGAAGAUGACAUGGGUUGGGUUGACCCGACCCGGACCCCCAGGACUCCUGGUGAAUGGGUCAAAACCUCCCGCCUUCCCCUCGCAGAGACAACACACUUUGGUCAUGAAAAGUCUCAGGCAGGAGAGGGGCAAGAGACGGGAUCUGUCUUCAGCAGCAGGAGGAGGAGGAGCAGGAGAGAGAGGGACGGCAGGGGGAGGGCUGAACGGGGCAAAGAGGAACUCAGUUCAGUUGCGUUCAUCUCUGCAGCGCCGGGUCGCGGACCUGAACCUGCCGCUGCUUCCUGCAGCCCUGCAGGGAAAGACAGACAGGAAGAACCAGCUGCACAGCAUGGACUACUGAUAGGACACGAUAGAGAGGCAGAGAUAGCGGUCAGAAAAAGGUGCAGUGAAAAAAGAGGAUAGCGUUAAGGUCAGUGACGAAUUUAUAAAGCAGAUUAACAAUUAAAGGUCCAGCAUGUGGA